UCCGUCCUUUCGAAAGUGCCCUCGCUUUUUUAGCACGCUUGCGCUUGCGACCUGGUUGACCUUUUCCGCACUUGGGCGCUAUUCCUGCCAUCGCUCCUUUCUCCUGUGCACCCUCUGUGCGGCAUUUUCUUUCUCUCUGCAAGAGGCGCUCUAUCUCCAUCUCUGGUAUUGUAGGCGUUGAAGAGUGACAAUGGCGCGCUCGUUGCAAGGAGCUUUGAUCGUCGUUCUCCUGUGCGGUCUGGUAUACAGAGUCUAUGCCGCCGAGGCUGCGGAGGAUGUGUGCAACAUGCGGGGAGUGGACUUCAGUUCUUUGAAGGACGAUUGCAGCAUGGUGUCCAGCUCGAUGCGCAACGGGGCGGGGAAGGCGGGAGCUUGCUGCAGCAAGGUGGAUGCGCUGAUGGUUGACGUUCUGGAGGCUUCCAAGUUCGAUCAGAUGUGCAUGGGGGAGUUUUUCCGCCAGCUCGCGACGAACGGAUACCCGAUCUUAGCGCUCAACUACGUYGACGUUUGCGGCGGGGAGGACUGGAGACGGKCGCUGSAAAYUGYUYCCGCUGACCCCUCCCUGUCGCAGGGRCCGUCGCGGGUUCCGUCUGAACUUYCUCAGGCGUCUCAACMAGUCSGCCCAAAGACGGUUCCCAGCUCCGCGCCGUCGAGUGCGCAGCCGUCAGGCGCCGUUACGCUUGUCAUCCCAGUUUUGAUGCAAUUGGCGUUCGCUAUGGCGGCUAUUGCCUUCUUCCUUCGCUAAUUAAUUAAGGGAAGAGAGAUGAACCACACCAAGAGAGAGGGAGUAGAGAGGGAGUGACGGGGGGAGGGGGAGGGGGGAGGGAGGAGAGAAUAAGGGAGAGAGUAUAAUUGCUCCUAGUGUGUCGGAUAACGCACCCUGCACCCUCAAGAGAGGUGGAGUGGGGGAGAUACUGAGGAGGAGUGGGGGCGAAACUAACUGAGGUUCGACAUUUUUUUUCCUUCUUUUUCUUUCUUUUUUACCUCUAAGAGUGCUACACGGCACCAUCAGCCUCCUCCUCCUCCUCCUCCUCCUAAGCUUUUUAUUUCCUUAUACAGGCACGUCGGACCUUUGGAGUGCCCUUCCCUGACAUUGGAGUUGACGUGCGUCGUAGCAGUCAUAUUGAUGUAGCUAUUGUCACACACACACAGAGAGAGAGAGAGAGAGAGAGAGAGAGAGAGAGAGAGAGAGAGAGAGAGAGAGAGAGAGAGAGAGAGAGUGGAUGAUGGAUUACCGCUUCUGAUUCUUUCUUUGAAACUUCGAUUUCAACUUAUCUUGAUGAUUUCUACGCUACCUUGAUUGGUUCCUUUCAAUUCGGUUGAAUUGAUCCUUAAUAAUUGUGUUCGAUGUCACGAGCGGACUUUUGUUAGCUCGAACUAGUUUCGAAAUUAAUGUUUUUCAAUAUAAUAUCUCAGCGGGUGGGAUAGAAACGACGGGAGUUCAAUUUCAUGAAGGGAAAAAAAAAACGUUUUCGGCUCGAGAGAGAGGAAGAGGAGUUCUAUGUUUGUCAAUCUGGCUACAAAAGGACACGAGGAAAUAAAGAGGCCUGGCGCGGGGAAAGGACUUUGCAAGCGACCUGUCGACCUGUCGGUAGAUUGAUCGAUUCGUUGAUUGAUUGGUUAAUAGAUGGAUUGAUUGAUUGCUUGGUUGGUUGGUUGAUUGCUUAGAACGGUUGGCUGGUUGAUUGGUUGAUUGGUCAUCCAUACGUUGAUUGGUUGAUUGGUCAUCCAUACGUUGAUUGGUUGAUUGGUCAUCCAUAGGUUGAUUGGUUGGUGCGUCGGUUCAUAUACGAUUCGAGUGGCGGCAGUUGUCACUUAUCUACUCCGCUCGCUGGGGCGUUGUUCAGCUCGAUUCUUUUCUCUUCAAUGACAUUAAAAAAAAGAAAAAGACCUUCUCCCUCGAGCGUUUAAUUAAUUGUGUUUAAAGUUGCAAUUUCCUUUUUGCGGGACAUUUUCCUCGAGUGUUUUCUCUUCAGUGACGUAAAAGAAAGACCUGCGCGAUGGAGUCUUUAAUUGUGUUUAAACUUUACUUUAAAGUUGGAAUUUACUUUUUGCGGAAAGUUUUCUGAAGUCGUGUUGUUCGUCUUCAAUGUGAAGAGAGAGGGAGGUUUUUUUUCCAGCGUGAGGAGGACAAAUCGAAGGGCCACGGUCCCUCCAGCAGCGAGAUACGUUGCGGUGAUUGAAUACGAUCGAUCGAUUGUCAACCGUGUGGUACAUUUGUCGUCUGCCAUGAAUUUAAAAUCAAAUUAUGAUUUGUCC